UCUGCAGUUGUGCCGCUGCGAUUGUUAGCGGUUGACUGUGCUUGCACAGAAUGUGAAUUAGAUGAACUGUUGCUCACUUGUUUCGGCGGUAGGGAACGGUGUGUACCACUGUCAUCAUUUUAAGAGUGCCGCAACGGCGCCGCCCCAUCGCCGUCGUCUGCAAAAGCGCGCGCCCGUAUGCUCAAAGCGGCUGUCCGUGACAGAAACUGCGAAUGUAAACAACCUAAUGCAACCUGCGUCGUUGCAGCGAUAUAGGCAGUAGCAAUGUCAAAAAAUGCCAAGGAUAAAGAGAAGCCCUUGGAGAGAAUCAAGUCGUUGUUCGGGCUCGGCAAAGCGUCUUCACCAGCAGUGCCUCGGCUGGAAGAGCAUGCCAUCGACCUCGAAGUUCUGAAGGAACUGGGCAGCGACUGCUCCGUGGCUCAGCGCCUGAAGGUGAUCAAGGAACUUACGGAGGUGGUGCGCACCCGUAGACUGGCCCAGGGAGCAGCAGAGAGCCUGUAUAGCCUGACUUGUGACCUGCUGAACCCAGCUCACGGCACCGAGGUGCGCCAUGUGGUGCUUAACUUCUACUGCACUUUGGUUCGAGCCCAGCGGGACCCACUUGACAUCAUCAGGGCUCACUGCUUCAACCUGGUGUUGGACCUGUCGUUGCCCGAGGAUUUGCCCUUAAGAUUGGAGCUGGUGCGUCUACUGACGGACAACGGGAAAUGCUUGAACCUUUUUGAAGAGCAGGCUGGUACAUUUCUGGUUCGAUGGAUGCCUGAGGUUUUGAGUGCUGGUAGGGCACAAGAGCUGCUGCCACUGCUUGUGAACGUGAUACGUUUCAACUCGUCUUUCCUCGACCGGACCACCAUAAUGGGAUUUGUGCAGAACACCUGCAUCCUGUGCUGCCGCACCAAUUCGGAGCUAGACGUCAAGAAGGGUUUGGAGCUGCUGGACAGCGUGGUGGGCUAUGGUAUGGUCAGUGCAGAGCUGCUUGGCCACCUGGUACCUACGGCUUGCCGCACAGUGGUGGUGGCACCUUUCUCAGAGCCUAGCUGGCGACUGAUGCGCAACUUGUUGGGCACCCACCUGGGUCACCGCACCAUUGGCUAUCUCUGCCGCUUGCUUGAGGACAGGUCCAAUGCGUGUGAUACCAGUCUGCUGAAAGGGGCAGUGUUCUUUGUGGGCGCUGCCCUGUGGAGCCCAAAUUCUGUGAACACACUGCAUCAUACAGCUGCGGGUGUGCUCCCUUCGCUGAGUCGGGCCGUGGACAGUGACAGGGCUCAUCCGUCAGUUGCCUAUGAGGCAGCUGUGUGCCUGCAGUGGCUGCUGGGCGAGGGUGCACCCCCACUGGGGCCAGUUGCCUGGGAUGCCAUUCUGAACCUUCUGGCCACUCUUCUAACUUUCCCACAGGACAAAUCUGGAGGACGGCAACUUCAGCAAAUGGCUCAUGAGUUGCUGACACGUGUGGAGCUGUUUUAUGACCAGGGCACCUUUGAGGGCAGUGCCACACAUCUCUUUGAGCUGGUCGACCAAGCAGCACCACUUCGUCCCGAAACGUCACUGCUGCGGCUGGUGGAGUUUCGAACCCAGCAAGCGGAGCUGUGCCCACUGCGCUGGGCAAGCCACAUUGCCGAGCUUCUGGAGCGGUUCUUGAACCCCAAGAUGGCAACGCCAGCUGUGCGACUGCACCUCAUCGAUCUCCUUGCUAGCCAUCGGCAUGUCUGUGAGGCGGAUGAACUGGUGGAAAAAGUGCUGCUGCCGCACGUGUCUCCACUUGAAACGGAACCUGCCGUGGCUGCCCGUGCUGUACGUCUUCUGGCUGAUGUGUUGCUGCGGGAUGACCUAUCCAGCCAGCACACAGCUGAUCUUCUUGACCUGCUGGGAAAGGUGCUGGUGCGUGAUUGGCUACCUGCGGAGUUGGUGACACUUGAGGCUGCAGUUGAAGGCCUGUGUCAUCUGUUCCAGGCACAUGUGUGUGAUGGACAGCCGACAGUAGCAGUGUCAGUGCUGCAUCUGCUGUCCCAGCACCUGCACCAGCAGUGCCAGGGAGGGAACCCACCGGCUGAGCUGGCUCCACUGCGGCUGCAGUUGGUGCAGACAAUGGUGGCAUUGCGCACGAGCGCCCUCUAUCAGGUGGGCCUGUACGAUCCUGCUACAGGGCAGGCGACCUUCAGCCGACAGCUCACCUGCACCUUCAGGGAAGGCUCUCCGUGUGCAAGUGUGGCGAGUGGGCAACAGCUCUGUUUCCGGGAGGCAAUGGAUGCCUUGCUGUGCUGCUUAAAAGAGGAGACUGAUGGGUCUGUGCUGAGCACACUGCUGCGAGGGCUUCCAGGCCUGCUGCGGGACCGGGCAGUGGUGUUAUGUGGCCAGCUUUCUCUGCGCCGUCUCUCCAGUUGGCUUUACACCCACGUGGCCGGUGACCGGCAGUUGUUGGACAAGGUGCGCGCUGCCGGUGGGGAGGCCCUGCUUUAUCCUGUAGCCAGUGCCUUGGUGUUAUAUCGAGAAGAGUUGGAUGCUCAAUCUCCACGCUGGCUGCUGCACGUGCUGGAAUCUGGUCUUGCCUGCAAGCCUGCUGCUGGGCUAUGCCUCCGAGCUCUUGCCCUGGCAGCCAUGGAGUUGCGACCUGCCAUGGCCAAGGUGCUUCCUGACCUGCUGCAGCGGCUGGCCCAGCUGUCACCAACUGUGGCAGUGUCGCUGCCUGUGCUUGAGUUCCUUGCCUGCCUGAUCCGUGUGCCUCAGCUGUAUGCCAGCUUUGUGGCUGCCCAGUACCGUAAGGUGUUUGCCAUCGCCCUGCCGUACACAAAUCCUGCAAGGUUUAGCGACGUAGUGGUGGCCCUGGCCCACCACUUGGUGGCACUGUGGUUUCUCAAGUGUCGGGUCACAUUCCGCAAAGACCUCGCUCCGUUCAUCAUGAAGAACUUGCGUGCCCAGCUUGAGCCCGGUGAAGAGGAAAGGCGAGAUCCCGCAGUGGUGAAGCUUCAGGAGGAGUUGCUGGCCACCCUGGGUGACCUUGUGGCCCAAUGCAGCUUUGGUAGCUGUGGGGCACAGCCACGGCGCUCGGGUGCAGCAGCAUUUUUGCUCGAGCAAGGCUGCGCCCAGAGCUGGCUGCUGCCUGGGCACCGGCUGGUCACCAUCACCACCAGUGGCUGUGCAGGCCGUCCAGCACGCCAGGGCCUCUGCGAACGUUGUGCCCUCUUCUGUCAGGAACCAGCACCUGGACCUGGGGAGGAAAUGAGUAUGCAUCAGCAUAAGCAGCCUCCUUUGCAGCAGCAGCAGCAACAGCAGCAGCAGCGACGAAGGCAUCAGUCAGAAGCUGCAGGUCGUGCGUCUGGGUUACGUCCCCUGCCAGUAACUCAGGAUGACCUUAGCCUUGAGCGCCGUGUAGUAAGUGGCCGACCAGGGCUGGUGCUGCGUCAUGUGUGUGGGUGCUGGUGCUGUGGCUGGGCUGAGGUGCUGGUGCGACGGCCUACGGGCAACACUGCCUGGCUGCUGCGCCUGCAGAAUGACCUGUUUCCUCGUGCAGCCACCAGCACUGAUUUUCCUUUGCCGGAUGUUGCAGGCCAUCUUUCGUUGUCACCUGGUGGACACAAACUGAUGAGGCAGCAAGUCGCGCUGCCAAUGUCAGUGAGCGGUCUCCAUUGCGUCGCACUAACUCAAGUCCUGAGGUGCCUGCUCAGGACUUGCCUCGGUGUGAGCGGUAUGACAGCAUUCCUGAAGAAAGCCAGCUACAGCGUCCACCACCAGGUUUACUGGGGCAGUAGAAGCCACUCUGCUAGGAGGAGCCUGGAAGGCUGGUCCCAUACAGCAGCGGCCCCUGCUAGCUCCUACAGGGAUAGAGGCCAUACUGUGUCCGGAGUGAGCCCAGCCUCAGACAGUGGAGCCGCUACAACCACUGCCUAUGUGGACAUCUACCGUUCUGGCAUGAAUCCAAGGUUUGUGUUCCUGCACCUGUUCCGGAGCCUUGGGCAGGCAGAGAGAGCCCUCCCACUACCAGAAUCAGAUGUGGAUCGAUCUGUGGGAGUGUUCGAUCACAUUCUGACCUACGAGACGCACAAGAUGGGCCUCCUGUAUGUCGGACCGGGGCAGUUAGGCCGCGAGCAGUGCAUUCUGUCCAACACGCAUGGUUCUGUGCGCUACACUGCCCUGCUGUUGGGGCUGGGUUCACUGGUGCGCCUCUCUGAGCUGGAUCCGCGUCGCACGUACUUGGGUGGCCUGGCCUGCUCGGGCGAGGAUGGCACCCACUGCCUCUGCUGGCAGGACGACGUCACCCAGGUGGUGUUCCACGUGGCCACACUGAUGCCUAAUAUGGAAAAUGACCGGCAGAGGGGCAACAAGAAGCGCCACAUCGGCAACGACUACGUUCACAUUGUAUACAAUGAAAGCAGUGAGCCCUAUGACCUGGCGACCAUUCGGGGGGACUGUCACUGUGUGUGUGUUGUUGUGCAACCUCUAAAGCUGGGCCACAACUUGGUGUCUCUGGUGGGAAAGCCUGAAGUCUUGGAAUUGCUGCGGCCACCACCUGAGCCGCAGCUGGUGCCCGACAGUAGCCUGGCGGUGUAUGUGCGCCAGACAGCCAUACAUGCUAAUGUGGCUUGUACCAGCCUUCACCGGUCACAAGCGGGCAGUUCUUAUGUCAACAACUGGCAUGAGCGGCUACAGCACUUGGAGCGGUUACGAGGUCGGCUUGAACGCAACACUGAACCUCCACCAGAUGACCUGGCAGACCUUUAAGACCCAUAUAAAGCAGCAGAUGAUAUUGCA